AUGAAUCUCCUCCUCUCGGACGACUACUUACUGCAAGACUACCCUGAGAAUAUCACCAACACCAUCCGCUCCGGCCAUGCCACCUGUCUACGUUUCAAUCGCCGAGGCGAUUACCUCGCCUCGGGACGUGUCGACGGAACGGUUGUCAUUUGGGACCUCGACACCAUGGGUGUCGCGCCUUGCCAGGGGUGGAAAGCUAUUCUCUGGGACCUACAAGAUGGCCGCAAGCUACGCGAGGUGCGUUUCCGAGCGCCGGUUUACAUCGCCGAGCUACACCCAUGGAAGAUAACGCACUUUGUCGCAUCCCUUUACGAGGAGCAGGCGCUGCUCGUCGACAUCACCGAAGCCAUCGACGUGAAGCACGUACUACCCUCGAAACCGAAACGAGCCGAGACGGACGACGCGACUUUGCGGGAGAAAUGGGCCAAGGAAGAUGCCAAGCAGAUGACGACAGUGACCGUGUACGCGGCAUCCGGAGGACACAUAAUAUCGGCCACGAGCAAGGGCUGGAUCAACAUCAUCGACGCGACCACCCUCGAGGUGAUCUUUUCUAAAAAGGCCUGUGGCAGUGUCGUCACGACGCUUCGGCUAAAUGGGUCUGGAAAGAUCCUGCUUGCCAACGCACAAGAUCGAAUUAUCCGCUCUUUCUACAUGCCCAAUCUGGCAGCCCCUGACCUCGAUCCGGACACCAUCCAGCUGCCCGAGGAGCACAAGUUUCAGGACGUCGUGAACCGGCUUUCAUGGAAUCACAUAGCGCUGAGCCCGACUGGCGAAUACGUCGCCGCCUCUACGUACAACAACCACGAGCUCUACAUCUGGGAGCGCAACCACGGCUCGCUUGUGCGUAUGCUCGAGGGUCCAAAAGAAGAACAGGGCGUCAUCGAGUGGCACCCACACCGCGCAUUACUGGCCGCGUGUGGGCUCGAGACCGGACGUAUUAACAUUUGGUCAGUCACCAGCCCGCAGAAAUGGUCAGCACUAGCACCCGACUUCGCCGAAGUGGAGGAAAACGAGAUCUACGUUGAGAAGGAGGACGAGUUCGAUAUACACCCACAAGAGGUCAUCGACAGACGCCGUCUGGACCUCGAGGAUGAGGAGGUCGAUGUGCUCACCGUUGAACAGACGGGUGCGGAUCUCCUGCUCGAUGGUGCGGCUGCCAUUUUCGGCCAAGGUAUCGGCGGCACAAACAGCAACACUACCUUCCGCAUGCCCAUCUUGUACGACCUGGGCGAGUCUGACAGCGAGGAAGAGUUUAUCACCGUGUCGACAGGCACCAUGCGCCGCAGAAGUCUAGGGGACGGUGCAGCAGGAGAUCUAGACGGAGAUGGCGCCGGCAGCGAGGAACGGCCUGGCGGGACAAAGAAAGGCUCGAGAGGGGGCCGACCAAAACGGAAGUAA